GGAGAGUAAAAACAGUUCCUGAGAAGGCCUCUUAUCUUUUAUCCGUGCAUUUCGCUAUCUUUUACAGCUGAUCCCUGCCAUAUUUUAUUUAGACAGAUUUUAUUAUCGACAAAGCAUCUUAUCUUUGAUAUAAUUGUGUGUUUUGAGCCAAUCGGAUCUCCAGUUGUUGGUUCUGCUGCAAUGGAUACACGCAAAUUUUCAACCCACGUAUUGGACACUUCGCUUGGAAAGGCUGCUGCAAAUGUUCGGAUUACCGUCUCCAGGCUGGACGAAAUCCAUGAGUGGAGACCUCUUCGGGCGGCCCAAACCAAUGAAGACGGCCGUUGCCAACUUUUGGAGCCUGGCCAGUUUCAGCAUGGAAUUUACAAGCUGACUUUUCACGUGGGGGCCUAUUUCGCAGAGCAUAAUACGAGAACCAUUUAUCCGGCAAUUGACAUAAUGGUGGAUUGUAGUGAAAAUCUGAACUAUCAUAUUCCCUUAUUGCUGAAUCCUUUUGGCUACUCUACAUAUCGCGGCACCUGAAAUUAUAUUUUUGAAAAUAAAUUUGUCCAUAUUGUGAUUUUGAAAUACA